AUGUCUGAUCCAGUUCAAGUUUUCAUGGAGAAUGUUUGCCAUUUAACCGGGUAUUUGCAUAGGUUGCUUUUUCUUAUGAAGGAAUUAGAUAAAAAGGAACACAACAUUAAUAAAAUGAUUGAAAAAAAGGAAGAAAUAUAUUUAGAAAAGUUAAAUGACAUUCAUAAAAAUAAAUCAGAAAAACACUUAAAAUAUAAUAAUGAUGAUUCCUACAUAGAAUCCAACAGUGAAUCAAAUAAUAAAUAUUCAGUUAAAAAUAAUAUUAUUGAAGAUAUGUUAGAAAAAAAAGGAAAUAAUGAACAUAUAGAAUAUGAAAAUAUAAAAGAAAAAAAAGAUGAAGAAAAUAUUUUUAAUAGUAUGAAAAAUAAUGAUAAUUUUAUCGAAAAAAAAGAAAAAUUGAAAAUAGAAUGUGAAAAUAUAAAUAUAAAUGAUAACUCGCAAAAUUCUUUUAGUGUUUUAUUAAAAGAAAAUAAACAAAAAGAAAAUAUAGAUGUGCAUUCCUCUGAUUAUAAUAAUAAUUCAGAAAGCAUUAAAAACAAAAUUUUAGAUAAGGAACAACGGAAUGAUGGCAGUAAUAAUAAUAAAAAAAUAAAAAUUAAAUUAGACACAAAAAAUGAGUAUAAUAAUGAAGAUAAAAAUGAAGAAAAUAAAUAUGAUACUAGUUAUAAUGGUGAAAAUGAAAAGAGAGAAAACUCAAGUGACAUUAUUAAUAAAGAUAAUUAUGAAAAUAAAAAAAAAAGAGAAAAAAGACAAAAUGUUUUAAAUGAAAAUAAUAGUGAAGAUAAAUUAAUAAAGAAAAUUAAAAUUCUUGAUGAUACAGCAAAUAAUGAAUUCAAUAAUGAAAAAAAAGAAAGUGAUGAAAAAACACGUUCUUCACAAAAUAAGGACUGUGAAUUAUCUUGCAAAAAAUUAGAAAAAACAAACAAUAUAAAUUCAAAUGAUGAUCAUCAAAUUGAAAAUGAAAGUGACUCAAAUAAUUAUAAUGAAGAAGAGUUGAAUAAUUACCUAAAUGAAAUUAUGAAUGAUAGAGAACAAUGUAUGGCUCUACUAAGGGAAAAAAUAUGUAUAAAUAACCAAAUAUCUUAUAUGAUAAAACAUGAUUAUGAAAAAUUAAAAAAACAAUAUGACAAAUUAUAUACAGAAAUGGAAAUGAGUGGAGAAUCUCCUCCUUAUUUAUAUAACACCCAUAGAAAUAAAAAUAUACCAUCAGAAUUAGAAGAUUAUAAUAUAAAAAAUAAAUACAAUUAUAGUAAUUAUCAUUAUGAUGUUUACAAUAUUGACAAACAAAAAAUAGAAGAAAACGAAAAUUUUUUAACCAAAAGUUUAAAUAGAAAAAAUUUAAACAAAUAUAGUGAGUAUAAUAUUUACCCAGAUAAAAUUAAAAAAAGUAAAAAAAUAAAAAAAAAUAAAAUUGAAAAUGGUACAUCAAGUAAAUCACUAAAAAAUUUAAUCGAUAAGAAUAAUAAUCAGAAAAUGAGAAUAAGUUUAUUUUCUGCUAAGAAUAAUUGUGAAAACAAAAUUAUAUCAUCAGAAUUAAAUGAUAUCUCUAAUGAGACAAUGAAUAGAGGUAAAAAUUAUGUAAAUCAAAUAAGUAUUGAUUCUUCAUUGAAUUUAAAUACAGAAUCCAAUUUAAAUAAAAAAUCUGAUGAAAAAUAUCUAAAUGAUUAUUCGAAGGGGAAAAAUACUAUUUCUUUUGAUUCUUUAAGUAAUUGUGAAAAAAAACAGUUGCAGAAUAUUUCUCUAAACUAUAAUCAAAACAAAAAUACAUUACAUAAUAUUGUAAAACCGGAAAAUGAUACUUCAUUAUGUGAUGUUCAUAUAGAAAAUAACAUGGAAGAAGAUAUUUGUCCCAUAUGUAAUAAAGGAGAAUCAGUAUCAAGUGAAUUUGGCAUGGUUGGAUGCGAUUCAUGUAAUAAAUGGUUUCACUUUGAAUGUGUUAAUUAUGAAAACAAUGAUUGUAAUGAAUCGUGGUUUUGCCCUAAAUGUAUUUCAGUUAAUGAACCAUAUAUGAAAGUCUUACUAAAAAAGGGUUGA